UCUUUUCUCUCUCCCCUUGGUAUUAUUAUUCCCCUCCCCAUUUAGGGUUUAUCUCCUAUUAGCCAUCUCUGUUCAUAUAGCCACUACUUAUUUUGUUUACAGUCACCAAAAAAUCCUCCCAAUUCCAUCUGCUAAUCAGUGACAAGGGCAAGCAGCCAUGUCGCUGAGACCCAACGCUAGGACGGAUGUUCGCCGCAACCGCUACAAGGUCUCGGUGGACGCCGAGGAGGGACGACGGCGAAGGGAGGACAACAUGGUUGAGAUCCGGAAGAGCAAGCGCGAAGAGAGCUUGCAGAAGAAGCGGCGCGAGGUUCUUCCGGCCUCUCAGCAGCCGCAGUUCCCUCCCUCUGCCGCUCCUGCUCUUUCCGCCGUCGAGAAGAAGUUGGAGAGCUUGCCCUCCAUGGUAUCUGGGAUUUGGUCGGACGACAGGAAUUUGCAGCUUGAAGCAACUACUCAGUUCCGGAAGCUGCUGUCUAUAGAGCGAAGUCCCCCAAUCGAGGAAGUGAUACAAGCUGGCGUUGUGCCCCGGUUUGUGGAGUUUCUCAGGAGGGAAGAUUAUCCGCAGCUCCAGUUUGAGGCUGCUUGGGCAUUGACGAAUAUUGCAUCCGGAACUUCGGAGAAUACAAAGGUGGUGAUUGAUCAUGGUGCUGUUCCUAUUUUUGUUAGGCUGCUUGCUUCCCCAAGCGAUGACGUGCGAGAACAGGCGGUAUGGGCUUUAGGGAAUGUUGCUGGUGAUUCUCCACGGUGUCGUGAUCUUGUCCUGAGUCAUGGAGCGUUGAUGCCAUUGCUGGCACAGCUGAAUGAGCAUGCUAAGCUCUCGAUGUUGAGAAAUGCUACUUGGACACUCUCAAAUUUCUGCAGGGGCAAACCACAACCUCCUUUUGACCAGGUUAGACCAGCACUUCCAGCCCUCGAACGUCUUGUUCAUUCGACUGAUGAGGAAGUCUUGACGGAUGCUUGUUGGGCACUCUCUUACCUCUCCGAUGGCACGAAUGACAAAAUACAAGCUGUCAUUGAGGCAGGUGUUGUUCCUCGACUUGUGGAGCUUCUACUGCACCCAUCACCGUCUGUGCUCAUACCUGCCCUUCGUACUGUUGGGAAUAUUGUCACAGGAGAUGAUGUACAGACACAGUGUGUGAUUAGUCAUGGUGCACUGCCUUGCCUUCUGAGCCUGCUGACGCAUAAUCAUAAAAAGAGCAUAAAAAAGGAAGCUUGCUGGACAAUCUCAAAUAUCACCGCUGGAAACAGGGAGCAAAUUCAGGCUGUGAUUGAAGCUGGUUUGAUUGGCCCCCUAGUCAACCUGCUUCAAACUGCUGAGUUUGAUAUAAAGAAAGAAGCUUCCUGGGCAGUUUCAAAUGCUACUUCAGGCGGUUCGCACGAGCAAAUUAAGUACCUGGUUGAACAAGGAUGCAUAAAACCAUUGUGUGACCUUUUGGUGUGCCCCGAUCCAAGGAUUAUCACUGUCUGUCUAGAAGGAUUGGAGAACAUUCUGAAAGUUGGGGAAGCAGAAAAGACGAUGGGUAACUCUGGGGAUGUAAACUAUUAUGCACAAUUGAUCGAUGAUGCCGAGGGGUUAGAAAAGAUUGAGAAUUUGCAGAGUCACGAUAACAAUGAAAUCUACGAGAAGGCAGUGAAGAUUCUUGAGACAUACUGGUUGGAAGAGGAAGAUGAGACAGUACCACCUGGUGAGGGUUCAGGACAAGGUUUUCAGUUUGGCGGUAAUGAAGUGCCCUUGCCAUCAGGUGGAUUCAACUUCAAGUGAAUGGGGAUUUGUGUGGUGAUUACAAGGAGGAUGAUGGUGAUGGUGAUGGUGAUGGAUGGAUGGAUGGUUGUGUAAGAUGCGUCUUUGAUUAUUAUAUUUAUAUAUGAUAAUCUUCAAAGUCAGGCGGCUCUCUCGUCUCGUGUGCCUCUCAGUUGGGUCGGGUCCGAGUUGACAUUGUGUACGGAUAUGUUGUUUAGCUUGUCAGAGUUGCGAGUGGUUUUCUUCUCUUUUAUUUUUGUCGGUGGACCAUAAAUAUGUGUACAAAGGGAAAUGAUUUCAGUUGUUGGUUGGAAUCAUAUAAAAAGGCACUUCGGGCCCAAUGGGCCUGGAACAUAGAAUUUGAUAUGAAGCCCAGAUUUCUUAGCA